ACCAUUCCUGGUGCGGUCCCGUUCUGUUCGUAGUGGUUCGUAGUUCCAGCAGAGACGCGCUCUGCCAGUGCGCGAGAACCUCUCGUACCGUCUACAUUCCGGGUCACUGUGCUACCAAUUUCCCUCACGUUCACGUUACGAUUUCGCAAAACACGCGCUAAAACUUAUACUAAAAUGUUUGAAUAAAAAAAAGAUACAAAAACUUUCCCCCGAGAAAAGAAAAGCUUUUUUUAAAGAGCUAAAAACAAUUUAAUACUUUUUAACUUGUGCGCAAAAACUAGUGUUUAAUUCUUAGUGUAUGUGUAAGUGGUGAAAAUCAACUUUUUGGAGAGGACGAAUUAAAAGCAACCACUAUGACGUGGAUUACGGGUGAGAGGACCCUGUUGAGCUUCUUCGGAGGCCUCCUCUUCACCUACUACUGGACGCUAGUGACGGUGUUUGCGGACGUUGGACCUUUAUCAGGAGAUCCCGUGGGAUCGGUAUGUCCACCGAACAGCUUCCGGUGUCCCGAGGGACGUUGCAUCUCGAACUCGCAGGUCUGUAAUUACCAGAAGGAGUGUGAUAAGGCUGAGGACGAGUUCCAAUCUUGCCCUCCACCUGAUUGUGAACCAAACCAGAUUAUGUGUCGACAGUACAUAUUUAAUAAACCUUAUUGUUUACCACCACACUAUAGAUGUGACGGAACAGUUGAUUGUAUUGAUGGAUCUGAUGAAACAGAAUGUAUUUAUCGUAAAUGUCAGCAAGACGACUUCCGUUGUGGUCCAGGAGGAACGGGAGCCCAUUCGGAACAGUGCAUUCCAAAGGAAAAGCAAUGCAAUGGAUAUCUCGAUUGCCGAUCCGGAAAAGACGAGCAGGGAUGUCCCGGAGUGGCUUGUCGUUUAGACCAAUUCCGUUGCGCCAACGGCCAGAAAUGUAUAGAUCUCUCCAAGAAGUGCGACCACACCGACGACUGUGCUGACAAAUCGGACGAACAAGGCUGCAAUUUCCCUCUGUGCCAUGCAUUGCAAUUCAGGUGCGCUAACGCUGUGUGCAUACCGAGGAACUUCCACUGCGACGGUUACAGCGACUGUACGGACGGAUCCGACGAAAAGAAUUGCACUAGCGUGCCGUGUCCGGAGAACAAAUUUGCGUGUCCAAAAGCGCGAGGAGAAGAUAAACCAAAAUGUCUCGAUAAAAGUAAAUUGUGUGACGGAAAUCGGGAUUGUGAAGAUGGUUCCGAUGAAGAAAGUGCUUGUUCAAAAGCAUCGUGUCCAUUAUUGGAUUGCGAAUUCACUUGUAGUGCAUCGCCAACUGGAGGUGUUUGUGAUUGCCCAAAAGGGCGAAAACUAGUAAAGAACAAGACUUGCGUUGACUUGAACGAGUGUCAGGAAUGGGGAUAUUGUGACCAGAGAUGUAUCAAUACCGAUGGAGGUUACAGCUGUUCUUGCGCUAGAGGUUACAAUUUGAACAAAAUCGGCAACAGGUGUAUGGCACAAAAUGCCAGCCAAAUGAUGUUGGUGUUCGUACACGAUGGCGGCGUCAACGUUAUGAACUCACAGGGUCAGGAUGUUAAGUUUCUUGCAAACGCGACUGGAGCGACUGGAUUGGAUUUUCAUUAUCAGAAGAAAUUGUUGUUUUGGUCGGAUACGAAAACUAGAAGGAUUCACGUACAACAAUUACCAACUAUAAAAUCAUCAGUACCAAGUCUUAUUCACGGCCAAUCAGAUUAUGACAUAGUAUCUCCAGGGACAUGGUUACCAGUGGCAAUAGCACUAGAUUGGAUAGGAAAUAAACUUUACGUAGCGGAUGCAAUAGGUCAAAAGAUAGACAUUUUUGAAUUGAACGGAAAAUCACAUGCAAUAGUAUUAGGUUCAAAUCUGACUAGUCCAUCCGAUAUAGGAUUAGACCCAUUAGAAGGUUACCUUUUCAUUGCGGAUUCAACCCAAAUUUUAAGAGCAGAUAUGGAUGGAACAAGUGUUAUAACGAUAGUUAUGGAAGCAGCUUAUAAAGCGUCUGGAAUAACGGUUGAUAUCAUCGCAAAAAGAGUGUUUUGGUGUGAUUCGUUGUUAGAUUAUAUAGAAACGGUUGAUUAUGAUGGUAAUGGAAGAUAUAUUGUAUUAAGAGGACAACCUGUUCCCAAGCCUUCAAGAUUAGCUUUAUUUGAAAAUCGAAUUUACUGGACUGAUAGUACUAAACAAGGAAUUAUUUCUGUGGAUAAAUUCGAGGGAAAUUCAAGUAUUCAAUUUUUAUAUCGUUCUUCAAACCUGCGUGAACCAAGAGCAAUAAAAACUAUUCAUGGUUUAAGUCAACCGUCAACUUACAAUCCUUGCGGUGAUAACAAUGGAGGGUGUGCUCAUAUGUGUAUUUUAGCAAGAAGUGAACGUGGAUUGGGAUACAGAUGUGCUUGCAAAAUAGGAUUUCGACUUAGCAGAAAUGCUAUGAAUUGCGAAGUUAUUAAUGAAUUCUUAAUGUAUUCGCAACAAAGAUUUAUCAAGGGAAAAGUAUUAAAUCCGGUUAUCGAAGGUUUUACUGAUGCUAUUCUUCCGGCAGUUUCACGUCGAGCUCGAUUCGUAGCUUUAGACUUCGACGCAAAAGACGAAUACAUUUAUUACUCCGAUGUACUCCAGGAUGUUAUUUAUAGGGUCCAUAGAAACGGUUCCGCGAGAGAAAUCGUUCUGCCAUCGCAAAACGAAGGCGUCGAAGGUCUAGCGAUCGAUUGGGUUGCGAAAAAUUUGUAUUAUAUCGAUAGUAGAAAAGGAACUCUUAACGUUUUAUCUACGAGAAAUGUGACUUACCGUCGAACAUUAUUACAUGACUUAAAAAGACCUAGAGCCAUAGUUGUUCACCCAAAUAGAGGAUAUAUUUUUUAUUCGGAAUGGGAUCGGCCCGCAAAUAUUUCAAGAGCUUACAGUGAUGGUUCGAGAAUAGUUACAUUUAAAAAUUUUACAUUGGGUUGGCCAAACGGUUUAGCAAUUGAUUAUCUCACGGAUCGAUUGUAUUGGUGCGAUGCCCUUUUAGAUCAUGUACAACACUCAAAUUUAGAUGGAGGAGAUGUUAAAACAAUAAGCUCACGACUUCUAAAACACCCAUUCAGUAUAGUUAUCCAUAAAGAUUUUAUGUAUAUUACAGAUUGGAGAUUAGAUGCAAUAAUGAAACUUUAUAAAUUGGGUGGAGGAAAUGAAGAAAUUCUUAUAAAAGAACCUCAAACGAAUCGAUUAUACGGGGUAAAAAUUUACAGCGAAGACGAACAACGAAUAGAUCCAUCUCAUCCUUGUCAUAGCAAUAAUGGCGGUUGCCAAAAGUUAUGUUUUGCAAUACCAAAGAAUAACUCACAUGAACUAACUGUGAGAUGUGGAUGUCCUUAUGGAGAAACACUCUUAAACGAUGGCAAUUCUUGUUCACCUGAUCCUAAAGCAGAACCGCCAAUCAAUCCUUGCCCCAACUCUUGGGAUUUCACGUGUAAUAAUCAACGAUGUAUUUCAGCUGCUUGGGUUUGCGAUGGUGAUAAUGAUUGUUUAGAUAAUAGUGACGAAGAACAAAAUUGUACCAUACCCACGUGUAGUUUAACAGAAUUCCAAUGUAAAAGCCAUCGUUGCAUUCCAAAAUCUUUUAAAUGCGACGGUGAAAAUGACUGUGGUGAUCACAGCGAUGAAGUCGAUUGUCCAAAUGUAUCCUGUAGUGAUUCCCAAUUUACCUGCGAUAAUGGGCGUUGUAUCCCGAAUACUUGGAAAUGUGAUUCUGAAAAUGAUUGCGGUGAUGGUUCGGAUGAAGGAAAUAUGUGUGCGGAAAAAACUUGCGCAUAUUACCAAUACACAUGUCCAAGGACUGGGCACUGUAUCCCACAGAGUUGGGUUUGCGAUGGUGACGAUGAUUGUUUCGAUAAAAACGACGAAAAAGAUUGCCCUCCAGUGACCUGUUUACCAAAUCAAUUUAAAUGUGCAGAUUUGAGACAAUGUAUACAAGAAAGUUAUAAAUGUGACGGAAUUCCUGAUUGUAAUGAUGGAAGCGACGAAAAAGGAUGCCCUCAACUCGAACCAAAUCAAUGCAACACUGAAAAACACUUCCAAUGUCAAUCGUCAGGAAUUUGUAUACCUCGAGCUUGGUAUUGUGAUGGAACUCCAGAUUGCGAUGAUAGAUCCGAUGAACCAUCAACUUGUGGAGAUAUAAGCUGCCCAGCCAAUUUCUACAAGUGUAGCAACUCACAAUGUAUUUUUAAAGCUUAUAUUUGUGAUGGUAAAUACGACUGUGUUGAUGGAUCCGAUGAAGGACAUAUUCAUGCUUGCGGUCGACCACCAUUUAAGUGUCCGCCGGGUCUAUGGCAAUGUCCUGGCGUAACAGAAAGAUGUGUUAACAUUACCAAUGUUUGCGAUGGUAAACUAGACUGUCCUAACGGAUCCGAUGAAGGAGAAGAUUGCGAAUUAGACGAGUGUGAACAUAACCAAGGAUUAUGUAGUAAUUCUUGUAAACAAACACCAAUAGGACCUAUAUGUCUUUGUCCACCUGGUGAAGUCUUGCAGGAAAAUAUGAACGUAUGCGAAGAUUUUAAUGAAUGUGAUCCACCAGGGACAUGUUCACAAAUGUGUACGAAUACAAAAGGUUCUUAUUUCUGUUCGUGUGCUCCUGGAUAUACGUUGGAUGUGAAUAAACACAGUUGCAAAGCGUUUAAUCACAGCUCAGCGUUUUUAAUAGUUUCCAACAGACAUUCGAUUCUUAUUGCUGACCUCCAUGACCACAGCAUAGAAAGAGUACCGAUAAAUGUAGAAAAUGUAGUUGCAACAACGUCUAAUAUGCAUACUGGAAGGAUAUUUUGGUCUGAUAUGAAAUUGAAGAAGAUAUCAAUGUUGGAUCGGGGAAGUGAACCGGUUGAUAUAAUAUCAACUGGUUUAGAUUUAGUUGAAGGGUUAGCGUAUGAUUGGAUAGGGAAGAAUAUUUAUUGGUUGGAUUCAAAAUUAAACACCAUAGAAGUAGCACAAGAAAGCGGAAUGCACAGACUUGUUCUUGUAAAAGAUAAUAUUACGCAACCUAGAGGAAUGUGCUUGGAUCCUAGUCCAAAUGCGAGAUGGUUAUUCUGGACCGAUUGGGGCGAGAAUCCGAGAAUUGAAAGAAUUGGAAUGGAUGGAACUAACAGAUCAUCGAUUAUAAGUACAAAAAUAUAUUGGCCUAAUGGUUUAACUUUGGAUACUGCAACGCAACGAGUAUAUUUCGCCGAUUCUAAAUUAGAUUAUAUCGAUUUUUGUUAUUACAAUGGUUCUGGACGUCAGCAAGUUUUAGCAGGCAGUCAUUAUUUACUUCACCCUCAUUCGUUAACACUAUUUGAAGAAACGCUAUAUUGGACUGACCGUCAAUUGAAUCGAGUGUUAUCCGCUCAUAAAUUUAAAGGAAACAACCAAACUGUCGUCUCUCACCUUAUUUCUCAACCUUUAAGUAUCCACGUGAAUCAUCCGUCUUUACAACCUAUAUCCGAGAAUCCAUGCCAAAAUAAACCGUGCCAAUAUAUUUGUUUGUUAUCUCCAAGUUCUCCAGAAGGAUACACUUGUAAAUGUAGACCAGGUAAAAGACUUGAUCCCAACGGAAACUGUAUUGAGGAAGAAAUAUCUUACAUUAUAUUAAUGAGAGGGACUCAAAUUAUUGAUAUUUCAACAAAACCAGGUGAUAAAACGACAGGGUUCUUAACACCCAUUGUGGGGGUUGAUCAUGGAGUUCAAGUCGAUUAUGAUAGAACACAAGAAAAAGUAAUUUGGGUUGAAAAUAGAGAUGAUAACGAAGAUAAUUGUACUGUAUGGACAAUGCCAUUUUCCGGUGGUAAUAAAACCCGUCUUUUUGGUUUGGAUAACGGUAUAGCAGGAGCCCCUUCAUCUAUAGCUUUUGAUUGGUUAGGGAGAAAUAUUUUUAUUGGUAACAGAAUCGCGAGUAACUUAGAAGUUAUAAAAAUUGAUGGAAAAGUGAAAUAUCGAACGAUUAUUCUUGCUAAUGAUGGAAAUGAAACUUCAGUUGCUAAACCAAGGUCGAUAUGCGUCGAUCCAACCGAAGGUAAAGUUUAUUGGACAGAUGAAGGUGGUUAUGGUGUUCCAGAAAAAGUUGGAAAAGUUAACAUGGACGGUUCAAACCCAAUAGUUUUAUCGAAGGACGACGAAGAACCUGACGCAAUAACUAUAGAUAUUGAAAGAAAAAUGAUUUAUUAUAGUACAAAGCACCAUGCUGCUAUAAUAACAAUAACUACCACAGGAGAUGGUAAAAGAACAAUUAUAUCGGAAGGCGAUAAUACCGGACGAAUUAAAGCUUUAGGAAUUUUAGACCACACCUUAUUCUACUUAGACCCUCUUUACGAAAAACUUGUCCGAUUAGAAUUAAACGACCUCAAUAAUUCAAAACCACUCAUUGAAAACGAUCCCGACUUGAAAACAUUCACCAUCUUCAAAAAGCGACAACAAGUACAACACCCCUGUUUACAAAGCAACGGAAACUGCGAUCAAAUCUGUUUACCAGGAGAAGGAAGAAGUCAUUCUUGCGUUUGUGGCGUUGGAUAUAAAAAAGGUGGUGAUUUCGGUUGCGUACCAUUCCAAACAUACGCCGUUGUUUCUCAAUUGGAUGUAACAAGAGGAUAUAGUUUGAAAGAUAGUUCGGAAGCUAUGGUUCCUAUUUCUGGACUGGGUCACCAUAUCUUACACGUGGACGUUCAUUACAGCGAAAAUUGGAUUUAUUGGGUUGAAUUUAACCGUGGUACAUGGAAUGGAAUAUUUAGAAUUCGACCAAAUGGAUCUGAACUUCAACCAAUCGUACGAGAAGGUAUUGGAAGUAACGGAAUUCGUGGUUUAGCAAUCGAUUGGGUAGCAGGAAAUCUUUAUUUCACAAACGUAUUCCCCCACGAAAAUUACUUAGAAGUAUGUUGGUUAGAUGGUAGAUACCGAAAAGUACUCUUUAAAACAACAACAGACGCUCCAAGGGAAUUAGCUGUAAACCCCCUUAAACGUCUUUUAUACUGGAUUGACUAUGGACAAUAUCCAAGAAUUGGAAAAGCAAAUCUAGAUGGGACAGAAAGUAUGCCAAUUGUAACAACUGGAAUUAGUAAUCCUAAAGAUUUAACCAUCGAUAUGGCCACGCAUGACGUUUACUGGGUUGAUGCGAAAUUAGAUACAAUUCAAAAAGUGUCUUUCUUAGGUGGAACAAGACAAAUCAUCAUGAGGAACCUGCCAAAUCCAAUGGGAAUUGCUAUCCAUAUGAACGAUGUUUAUUGGGUUGAUAGAAAUUUACGUACAGUUUUUAAAGCUUCAAAAUUGCCGGAUAAUAAUAAUACACGACCAGUAAAAGUUAGAACUAAUCUAGAAAAACUACGGGAUAUUGCAAUUAUGGACGUUAGCGUUCAACCAAAAGACGAAACAAAUCCAUGCUUUAAUCAAGUAAAUGGAGGUUGUGAACAAUUAUGUUUUGCAUACCCAUUAGAAAGUGAGAUACAUUAUAAAUGUGAUUGUGCAACAGGAACAUUAGCAAGAGACGAAAGGACUUGCGACGUUCUUAGCGAAUAUUUGGUAUUUACCACAAGAACUGAAGUUAGAAGUUUGAGUAUCGAUCCGAAAGCAACCAGCCUACCAUUUACACCAAUUGCUAAUUUAACAAACGUGGUCGGCAUUGAUUUUGAUCACGCGGACAAUAAGUUGAUAUUCACACAAAUUCGUCCUUGGUCUAAAAUUGCCUGGAUGCCAUCAAAUAAUCCAUCCAUAAGCAAUAUUAAAGUGAUUCUUGGGAAAGGUGUUAAUCCCGAAGGAAUUGCCUAUGAUUGGACACAAAAGAAAAUUUAUUGGACAGAUUCUUCAAAUCACAGCAUCUAUGCAAUGAACAUGGAUGGAACUGAUUUGGUAAUGAUUUCAAGAGUAGAAAGACCUAGAGCGAUUGUUAUCGAUCCAUGUAAUGGAACGUUAUUCUAUACAGAUUGGGGUAAAUUUGGAACUCACGGUAAAAUUAUUCGAACAACAAUGGCCGGUUCUCUUAAAAAAGUAAUCAUCGAUAAGAACUUGGCACAACCUUCAGGUUUAGCUAUUGAUUACGAGGACCAAAUGUUAUAUUGGACAGAUGCUGUGCGAGAAAAAAUCGAACGAUCAGAUCUCGACGGAAAAAAUCGCGAAAUCUUGAUAAGCGCUACAAUUUAUCCAUUUUCCAUAACAAUAUUAGGACGUUAUAUGUAUUGGACUGAUUUACAACUUCGAGGUGUUUACAGAGCUGAAAAACAUACUGGUGCCAAUAUGAUCGAAAUGGUUAAGAGAUUAGAUGAUAGCCCAAGGGACAUUCAAGUUUAUUCCGAAAAAAGACAAGAAUGUAAAGUUAAUCCUUGCAAUAUUAAUAAUGGUGGAUGUGCUCAAAGUUGUCACCCAGGCCUAAAUGGCGCAGCUGAAUGUAGAUGUGAUGACAACACCAAGUUGGUAAAUGAAGGACGGAUGUGUGUCCCUAAAAACUUAACAUGCGACGCAAGUAAAUUUUAUUGCAAAAAUGGAAAAUGUAUUUCAAGAAUGUGGGCUUGUGAUGGUGAAGAUGAUUGUGGAGAUAAAAGUGAUGAAGAUCCUAAUUACUGCGCUUUCCAUUCAUGUUCUUCAAAAGAAUUUAGAUGCAAUAACGGUCGAUGUGUAUUUAACUCAUGGAAAUGUGAUCAUGAAAACGAUUGCAAAGAUGGUUCUGAUGAAUUAGAUUGUACAUAUAGACCAUGUGCUGAUGGAGAAUUUACCUGUGCUAACUUCAGAUGUAUUCCAAUGGCACAAGUAUGCAAUGGUGUCAACGAUUGUAAAGAUAAUAUAACAUCAGAUGAAACCCACGAAAAAUGUCCGACGAACACAACAUGUCCAGUAGAUCAUCUUAAGUGCGAAACCACUAAUAUCUGCGUCGAAGCCUAUUGGUUAUGCGAUGGUGAUAAUGAUUGCGGAGAUAAUUCCGAUGAAAAUCCAUUACAUUGCGCCCAAAGAACGUGUCCUACAAACAGCUUCAGAUGUCCAAAUCAUAGGUGUAUUCCAGCAACUUGGUACUGUGAUGGCGAUGAUGAUUGUGGUGAUGGAGCAGAUGAACCACCAGAAUAUUGCAAAAGUGAAGGAAGAACAUGCUUUGGUGAUCUCUUCACUUGCGAUAAUGGAAAUUGUAUACCAAGAAUUUAUAUUUGUGACGGUGAUAAUGAUUGCUUGGAUAGCAGUGAUGAAGACAAAAGACACCAAUGCAAUGAAAGAAAAUGCGAUGACGUCUUGGAAUUUACUUGCGAUGCGAACAAAGAAUGGGGACGAGCUCAGUGUAUUCCAAAGAAAUGGGUUUGCGAUGGUGAUCCCGACUGUGUUGAUGGAGCUGAUGAAAAUACAACCUCACAUCAUUGUGGAACUCCGCCACCAUGCGGCGAUGACCAAUUCCAAUGUGCAAAUGGUAGAUGCGUGAACGAGGGAUGGGUGUGCGAUCACGAUAAUGACUGCGGAGAUGGAUCUGACGAAGGAAAAGAUUGCAACGAUAAAUACAAAACUUGUUCAACAAAUGAGUUUGCGUGUCAAAACUUUAAAUGUAUUAGAAUAAUGUAUAGAUGUGAUGGAGAAGAUGAUUGUGGUGACAGAUCUGAUGAAGUUGACUGCAAAAAAGAUAACUCAACAUGUACCAAAUCCGAUCAAUUCCGUUGUAACGAUGGUCAAUGCAUAGACUCUCAACUAGUUUGUAACAAAGUAGCUGAUUGCAAGGAUGAAUCUGACGAACCGCUUCAUUGCAACGUAGACGAAUGCGCAAAAACAGAAAUGAAUCAAUGUAAUCAUAAGUGUGUUAAUACGCUUACGGGAUAUUACUGUGAAUGUAAUCAAGGAUAUAAGUUACUUGAUGAUGGUAAAGCUUGCGCUGAUAUGAAUGAGUGUUUAGAAACGCCGGGAGUGUGUUCUCAGUAUUGUUCGAAUACGCCAGGAAGUUAUUAUUGUAAAUGUAACGACCAGUAUUAUGAAAGGCAGGAAGAUAAACAUACAUGUAAAAGAAAGGAUAAUAUUAAACCUUGGUUGAUAUUUACAAAUAAGUAUUAUAUCCGUAAUAUUUCGAUUGAUGCAACAACUUACAAUUUGGUUCAUCAGGAUUUAAUGAAUGUGGUUGCAAUUGAUUACGAUUACAGAUCAAAUAAAUUAUAUUUCAGCGAUGUUACCGCAAAAACAAUAUUUAGAACUGAUAUUAAUGGAAACGGAGAAAAGGAACCAAUUAUACGACAUGAUUCUCAUGGUUUGGAAGGUUUAGCGGUAGAUUGGAUUGGAAGAAAAUUGUAUUGGUUGGAUCGUCACUCUAAAAACCUUGAUGUAGCCGAACUGAACGGAACAAAUCGUAGAACACUUCAAACUGGAAUUGCUGAUCCUAGGGCUUUAAUUGUUCACCCUGGCACUGGUUACAUGUACUAUACAUCUUGGCAUUUACAAGCGUACAUUGGUAAAAUUGGAAUGGAUGGAAGCAAUUUUACUAGAAUAUUAACUUGGGAAAACGAUAUUUCUUGGCCUAACGCACUUACAAUUGAUUAUUUCACCGAUCGUUUAUAUUGGGCGGAUGCUCAUCUUGAUUAUAUAGCUUCUACAGAUCUUGAAGGUAAAAAUAGACACAUCGUUCUCUCAGGCACAUCUGUUCCUCAUGUAUUUGCAUUAAAUCUCUUCGACGAUUACAUUUAUUGGACCGAUUGGAACUUAAAAUGUAUCAAUCGAGCAAACAAAAACACCGGAAAAGACUUAACACUUUUAAGAAACACCACCCAUAGGCCUUACGACAUUCAUAUUUAUCAUCCAUUGAGGCAACUAAAUUAUACAAAUCCAUGCGGAAAUAAUAACGGAGGGUGCUCUCAUUUAUGCUUGAUUGCACCACCACACGAAUCUAGUUAUUUGAAUAUCGAAGGUUAUGGAGAAGAAGGCCAAACAACGUAUAAAUGCGCUUGUCCCAAUCAAUUUUAUCUUGAAAGUGAUGGAAAAACUUGUAUCGCUAAUUGUACCGCUGGACAACAUUCUUGUGGUGGAAAUGAUGCCAAAUGUAUUCCAUGGUUUUGGAAAUGCGAUGGAGAAAAAGAUUGUAGAGAUGGAUCUGAUGAACCAACAUCGUGUCCACCAAGAACAUGCAGAGCAGGAAUGUUCCAAUGUAAAAAUAAUCACUGCACUGCAUCUUCGACAAUUUGCGAUGGUACAGAUAAUUGUGGAGACGGUUCCGACGAACAAAACUGUGGCUAUCCAUGCCCUCAAAUCGAAUUUAAAUGUAGAUCGAGCGGACGCUGUAUUUUGGAAAGUUGGAAAUGCGAUGGGGAUCCAGAUUGUAAAGAUGGCUCUGAUGAAGAUCCAGUACUUUGCGCCAACCGUACGUGUGACAUAGAUACGGAAUUCCGUUGUAAAAAUGGUAAAUGCAUUCCGAAAUUGUGGACGUGUGAUUUCGAUAACGAUUGUGGUGAUGAUUCCGACGAACCAGCUUAUUUGUGUAGACAAAAGAAUUGUACGGUUGGUUGGCAAAGAUGUCCGGGAAGAACGAAUUAUAGAUGUAUUCCAAAAUGGUUAUUCUGUGAUGGAAAAGAUGAUUGUCGCGAUGGUUCUGAUGAAUUACCCGAAAAUUGUCCAAAGUGUAAUUCUGAAACUGACUUUAAAUGCCAAAAUAAUAGAUGCAUUCCAAAACAAUGGCAGUGUGACUUUACCGAUGAUUGCGGAGAUGGCUCAGAUGAAAGUGAUAAAAUCUGUAACGGGCAUUAUCGAGAAUGUUCCGAAUCUGAAUUCAAGUGUAAAAAUGGAAAAUGUAUCUCAACUAGAUGGCGAUGCGAUCACGAAAACGACUGUGGUGAUAACUCAGAUGAAACGGCUUGCUCCGGAUAUCAAUGUAAAAAUGGAACGUUCCAAUGCGCUUCUGGACAUUGCAUCGCAUCUUAUUUCCGUUGCGAUGGUGAUAGAGACUGCCGCGAUAUGUCCGAUGAACUGAAUUGUCCACCGAAGUUCCCCAAUGGAAGAUAUUGCCCAGAAACAAAAUAUCAAUGCAACAACCAUCUUUGUAUUAGCAUGGCAGAUUUGUGCGAUGGAACAGAUGAUUGUUCCGAUGGUUCAGAUGAAUCCUCUUCCAUUUGCAGCAACUUCAAAUGCGAUAACUUACACAGAUUCCAGUGUAACAAUCAUAAAUGCAUCUCAAGGUACCAACUAUGCGACGGAAUUGAUAACUGCGGAGAUGGUUCCGAUGAAAACAACAUGACCAUAUGUUCAACAAAACAAAAACCAUGCGAUCCAAUUAGCGAAUUUAUGUGUGCGAAUAAGAAAUGUAUUGAAAGAUCUCAAGUAUGCGAUUUAUCUGAUGAUUGUGGUGAUCGUUCAGAUGAAUUAGGAUGUCAUCAUACAAGUUCUUGUACAGAUGAAACGCGCGGUCAAUGUCAACACAUAUGCAUGAACUUAACGGAGAUUGGUUAUAUUUGUAGUUGCCAAGUUGGGUUUAUUAUCUCGAAACAAAAUACGAAACAUUGUGAAGAUAUAGAUGAGUGCGCCAUGAAUACGCAUCAUUGUUCACAAAAUUGCAUCAAUCUAAAUGGAACUUAUGAAUGUUCUUGUCAGCCCGGUUUUAGAUUGAUAGACGGUCAAUCAGGAGUUUGUAAAGCUUUAGUUGAUCCACCCAUUGUUUUACUUGCAAAUGGUCCUGAAAUUAGAUCCUACGAUUUACAAAACCGCGAUGAAAAUAACGUUAUUAAUCAAGAAAAACGGAUUGAAGCAAUUGAUUAUAAUCCAAACACUCAAAUGAUCUUCUGGGCUGAUAGUUAUGACAAAACAAUAAAAAGAUCUUAUAUGAUUAACGCACUUGAUGGUAGGGUAAAAAUGGGAUAUGCCCAAGAUUUGGAUAUGAAAGGAACGUCGAAACCAACAUCUUUAUCGAUCGAUUGGAUUGGUGACAAUUUAUAUUGGACGGAAACCGAUCGUCAAAGUUCUAAAGCUAAAGGAAGGGUUAUGGUUGCUAAAACCGACGGAAGAUAUCGACGAUCGAUAGUUAGCGUUGGCGUAGAAGAUCCAACUUCUAUCGCUGUUGAUCCACAACAUGGAAAAAUGUUCUGGACGGAUGCAGGAGUUGCUCCUAAAAUAGAAGUUGCUUGGAUGGAUGGAUCAAAACGAAGGCCGCUCGUAACGCAAAACAUAAGACAUCCUACAGGGUUGACAAUUGAUUUUGGUAUGGGUCAUAAUCUUUAUUGGGCAGAUACGAAAUUAAACACAAUUGAAUCUAUGUCGCAAGAUGGAUCUAAUCGGAAAUCUGUUUUACGUGGAGAAUUUUUGAAACAUCCUAUUUCAUUAGAUGUAUUUGAAUCAUCUUUGUAUUGGGUUACUAAGGAUACUGGAGAAUUAAUUCAACAAGAUAAAUUUGGAAGGGGUAUUGCUGUUUCUGUUCUUUCUGAUUUGAUGAAUCCUUCUGGAGUCAAAAUACACCAUAAUUUAAAAUAUAACACAACAAUUAACAAUCCAUGUAUGAAAAGGCAAUGCUCCCAUUUAUGUCUGUUGAUACCGGAUGGUCAUAGAUGCGCAUGUCCGGAUUCCGCAACUAUUGCCAGAAAGACGGAUAUCGUUUGUGGGACUGCUUUACCUGAAAAGCCACUUCCAAGAGUCUGUAUGUGUCAAAAUGGUGGUAUUUGUAAAGAAUCUGAUACGGAAGUAGAUAAAUUGGAAUGUGUAUGUUUGCCAAACUUUAUUGGAGAAGUCUGCGAUGUCCAUACUGCGUUGAGUACUUCAUCAACCGCCUCUAAUGUAACUGCCGUUAUUGUCCCGAUUAUUGUUAUUUUGUUACUUAUUGGUUUGGCGGCUGGUGCUUGGUUUGUAAUUAGGAAGAGACCAUUUGGAAAAGGAUCAACAUUAGGUAGUUUGGCUAGUAGUCAAAGCGUUUCGUUUAGGCAAGGCACGAAUGUUGAAUUUGGACCUACGACAUUUAAUGAAAACGGAUCCGGAAAUGUAGAACCCUUGGAUGUUGCUUAUAGCUUAGAUCCCGUCAGCAAUAAAAAUAGAGAUUUCCACAAUCCAAUGUAUGAUGCAGUUCAAAAUAAUCCUGACGCAAUGGGAAAUGGAAGUUCAGCUUUAUAUGAAGUUCCGGUGGAUGUAACGAAAUCAAAAAGCGACACAUUUAUGGAACCACCAAGCGCUAUAUUAGCGCCAUCUAGCGUAACACACAGAUCGUCGCCUCAAGUGAAUAUUAGGCACAAAGAGUUGGAACCGGCAAUCGACACCGGCAAAGAUACGCAAAAGCUGGUAGAAGAAGACUGCUGAUACAAACACAAAGAAUCUAUAUACCGAAUUUACUGGUUAGUGCUAGAUUACAUGAAGUGAUUUGAAAUUUUUAAUUUCUAAGAAGAAACAAGGAACAAAGUCCAAAUCAAUAAAAAAAAAUAGCGAACAAUUCUUUUAUAUAGAAACCAUACUUACUUUAAUUUUUGUAUUUUAAAGAUAGUACAUGUUGUGCGAAUUUCUACAUAUUUAAAAUGAAAUUAAUUUGAGAAGAUAUAUAGUAUAUGAUUUCAGAGAGUUAAUGCGCUGUUUAGAAAUCCGAAUGACUGUGUAUAUAAUAUAUAUAUUUUAUUAUUGUUAUUAAGUUGUGAUGCAGGUUUUAUUUUCCUUGUUAUGUACAUUUUACACGUUUAGUUGUACUACUACGAAUUUUUUAAGACGUUGAAACGUUUGAGAGAUUUUUCCGUAAUUCUAUAAGAACAAAAAACAUACUAUUAGAUUAAAAGAGAAUAUUUUUAUAUGAAGGUGUUGGUAAGAGAGUUUUUAAAAAACUUAAAUCAGCAUAAUCGCCAAAUUCCAAGAUACAUUCUAUAUUCUGAAAUCAUUUUGAAUCCAUUAUUUUUGUGUUACACUAAAAGUGCCAUCGUCCAAAAUUUUAAAUAAAUAGAAUUGAUUAUGCUGAUUUAUUUUAAUUGUUGUUAACUCAUUUGUUUUGUCAUCGUUGGACUAUCUUCCAUACUGUAAGAUUCUGUAUAUAUCGUAAAUAAAGUGUAAAUUAAUUAAUAUUUAACAACAGUCCGUAAAGUGAUUUUUGUAACAGAGACAGACUGCAUUUGCGAACAUUCCAAUAUUUAUAGACAGUAUUUUUUUAUUUGUACCAAUAACCUCUUUUAGAAAUCGAUCAUUUAAACAAUUUUUAGAUAAAGUACACUUUAUAUGACUUGUAUGUGAAAAUGUGAAUUAUACAAAUAAAAAAAUACCAAACAA